GAGACUUCCACGUACGUCAUAACAAUGCGACGAAAAGCACAUGCGACGUAAACACAUGAAACGUGCGAUAUUUUGCUAAAAUUGAGUGAAAUGACACCACCAGCACAGCAGAAAAUGAAGACCAAGGGGACAUUUGACGGAAAACGUGCCAAUAGAAACCAACCCUACAAUCGACCAGGGGGCAAGAAGAAGUGGGUCUCUGAGCACAAAGUAUUCGACGGCAGUAUUGGAGAAGGCCAGGGCUUUGCCUUCAAAAGGAAGGAGAAAGUGAAACAUGAAUACAACAAACUGCUACGGAAGGAGAGGAGGAAGAACACAGAGGUCAAAACCCAAUAUACAGAACAGUACCCCGAACAUCUGAGGCAUCUCUACGAGGCUGAGGCCGAGAAACUGAGGAAUGAGGUUAAGACGAACAGAAUCAACAGAACCAAAGCUAGGAUGGCUGGCGGUGGUGGUCCAGUAGAGGAGGAAGCAGCUCCCAUGGCUGUGAAUGAAGCCCCCACGGACCUAGCUACAGCCAUAGACCCUGCAGAGGACAUCUCCUCUGACAAGACUGACUCUGCCCCACAGCCCACUCCAGCAGUUGCGGCCUCAAAGAAUGACAGUCAAGGCCAACCACUUGAAGGAGUUACAAUGCAACAUGUUAAUGUGUCGUUGUGUUCCAGUCUACCCAUGAGUAACCGGAGUAAAAAGAAAAUGCUGAGGAAGACUUCCUAUCAGAAAACAAAAGAGGAGUUUGAAAGUGUUAAAGAAAAGCAGAAGAAUAAGAAAGAGGAGUUUUUGAAGAACAAGGAGCAGAAAGAAGAAGCUAUCCAGAAGUACAAACAGAAGAAAAUGGAGACAUUUCAGAUCCUGAGCAAAAAGACGAAGAAGGGACAGCCCAACCUGAACCUACAGAUGGAAUACCUGCUCCAGAAGAUUCAAGGGACCGGGCCGGGAAAAUGACCCAGAAAAAUGGACGUCGGAGGUUUCAAAUAGCAAAUAUACAGUUGACUCUUACUGUGAUGGUUUUAUAUCAUAGAUGAGUCUUGUUCUUAUUUUGUGAACUGCCACUUUGAAUAGAUUGUAUCAUAAUAGAUUUUCAGACUUUUAGCGGUUUAUUUACAUUUUGAACCACAAGGUGACAUUUGUGAGAUGCGCUGUUCUUGUAAAAUACUUAAAUAUUCCUUUCAAAUAAGCAACAAUUUCUAUUAAAUGUUAAUAAAAGGUUGUAAGCGAA